AAUGUUCCCCAACAAUACUUUUCCUUUUGGGGAAAAAUACAUUCGAACGAAGAAACAGCAAAAGAGUAAGUAGACCAAUGGAGGAGGAGGAGUAAAUGCUUCAAACCACAGUCCACCUCAUCUCCUUUCCGCCACUUUCAAUCAUCAACUUCAUACUCAAACUUCUUCAUUCUCUUCAUAAAUCUUCACUCGAGCCUUCACACAGAUAUCUCCAUUUCAGUUAGGUUUAAAUCUAGCAGCAGCAACAACAACAACAACAACAAGACGAAGAUCUGCGUAGAAAACGUACGGUUCGGCGCAUUAUUCAUCCGGAUUUAGUCAUACUCUAGUUCAAACUAUGGCAGUUCAAAUAUGUCAGAUUCAAGCUCGGUCAACGUGAUACUUGACUAUCUGAAGAGUAACAGCUUUUCUAAAUCUGAGGCUGCACUGCUUAACGAGAUUGACAACCUACCUGAUUUGAACGGGCUUAUGCAAGAGCUUAAGCUUAAACAAGGAACGAGUUCUCAAACAAGUGACGGAACAUCAAAGGAAGAAUUCGUCGUGAAGGAAAUGGAAUACGGAGCUGCAAGAAAUGGAUCGUUUAAUAAAUGGAACAAUGCUGCUUUUGUUAAAGAGCAAAAUGGAGCCUGUGAGCCAAUUGGAACAAGAACGUUUAGUUCCAGUAACGGGUCUGUUGAUCUUUACCCGAAUGAUGUUGCCGUUAAAGUGGAUGACGUGAAAGAGUGUCAAGUAUUUACUCAAUCAAAGAUCCAUCCAUCUGACUUAUAUCCUAGGUUGCCACCUGUUAAACUUAAGUCAGAUGACAAACAUUCUAGUAUAGCCUGGGAGGAGAAAUAUCAACGUGAUGAACCAGGUUCGAAGACGUUUAACGUUGAAAGUACGUAUCUUAUUGGAUCAUUUCUUGAUGUUCCUAUUGGCCAAGAAAUAAGCUCUUCAGGUGGAAAAAGGGUUGCAGGAGGCAAUUGGUUCUCUGUAAGUCAGGGAAUAACCGAGGACACGUCUGAUCUAGUAUCUGGUUUUGCAACAAUCGGUGACGGUUUGAGUGAAUAUGUUGAUUAUCCAAAUGAUUACUGGGACUCUGAUGAAUAUGAUGACGACGAUGAUGUCGGUUAUAUGAGACAACCCAUUGAGGAUGAAACUUGGUUUCUAGCUCAUGAAAUUGACUACCCUAGUGAUAACGAAAGGAAAACGAAUCCACCAGAAAAUACCCCUGAAAAAAACGACGAUGAUGAUCUUUCGUAUCUUUCGUUUGCAAAGGAGGAGUUGAAUUAUAUGCAUGAAGAACCCAUGUGGAAGGGGGUAAGUGGGCCCAAUUUGGAUGAUCUAUGUGUAGAUGAGGAUCAACAUGGUUCGGUUAGAUCUAUUGGUGUGGGGAUCAACAGUGAUGUGGCGGAUUUCGGUAGCGAAAGGGAGUUAGAUGGUAUUUCGUCACAUGAUUCUGAGAAGAAAUAUAUCGACCCGAAAACGAAAGUCGAAAAUAGAAAAGCCACGGGUUCGGGUAAGGUGACGAAAAAUGUGACGGAUGGUGGAUUUUCUUUUCCACCUCCUAGAGCGGGUCAACCGUUGACCGGUCUUAAUAAAGGUUACGAUCCUGUUGCAAGUGAGGAUGAAGAUGUGGAUGGUGUUGGUACAGCAGAUUCCAGCCCUUCUACGUUUUCGAAUUAUGGUUAUGCUGAGCGGGCCCACCAGGUGGACCAGACAGUCGGCGGUUCACUGGAGGAUGAAGAGGCUGCUGCUUUUCAAGAGCAAAUGAACCAGAUAAAGGCUCAAGAAGAGGAAUAUGAAACCUUUGAUCUUAAAAUUGUGCAUAGAAAAAAGAGAACUGGCUUCGAGGAGGACAAGAAUUUCAAUGUUGCUAUAAAUUCGGUGAUAGCUGGUCGCUAUCAUGUUACGGAGUAUCUUGGAUCUGCUGCAUUCAGCAAAGCUAUUCAAGCGCAUGAUCUUCAAACUGGCAUGGAUGUGUGUGUGAAAAUCAUAAAAAAUAAUAAAGAUUUUUUCGAUCAGAGUCUUGAUGAGAUAAAGCUUCUAAAGUUCAUCAACAAACAUGAUCCUAGUGACAAAUAUCAUCUUCUCAGACUUUAUGAUUACUUUUAUUACAGAGAACAUUUGUUAAUCGUUUGUGAACUUCUCAAAGCAAACUUAUAUGAAUUUCAUAAGUUUAAUCGAGAAUCUGGAGGAGAGGUUUAUUUCACCAUGCCAAGAUUGCAGUCGAUAACUAUCCAAUGCUUAGAGGCACUCGAGUUUCUGCACGGGCUUGGGUUGAUACAUUGUGAUCUGAAGCCCGAAAACAUUUUGGUGAAAAGUUACAGUAGAUGUGAAGUGAAGGUUAUUGAUCUUGGAAGUAGCUGUUUCGAAACAGAUCAUCUUUGCUCAUAUGUUCAAUCUCGGUCAUAUCGCGCACCCGAGGUUAUUUUAGGGCUUCCGUAUGAUAAAAAGAUCGAUAUUUGGUCCCUUGGUUGCAUCUUGGCUGAACUAUGUACCGGAUAUGUUCUCUUUCAGAACGAUUCCCCGGCUACUUUACUCGCGCGUGUGAUUGGAAUUAUUAGUCCAAUUAGCCAAGACAUGCUUGCCAAAGGACGGGAUACAUACAAAUAUUUCUCCAAAAACAAUAUGCUUUAUGAACGUAACCAGGAUACAAACAUAUUAGAGUACUUGAUUCCCAAAAAAACGUCGUUGAGGCAUCGAUUACCCAUGGGCGAUCAAGGGUUCAUAGACUUCGUCUCUCAUUUGCUUGAAAUCUCUCCGAAAAAACGCCCUUCAGCCACCGAAGCUUUGAGACACCCGUGGUUAUCAUAUCCUUAUGAGCCAAUCUCAUCAUGAAGUAACAAAAGACUUGGAUAGUUACAAAAAUACCCCUUUUGUUGUCGGGUCUUCGGGUGCUUAACGACAUGUUUUGGUGGCAAGUAGUGUUUAUAAGUUUGCAUGACCACAUGUGAUGUUGAAGGACUUGUAUCUUUAGGGUUUGGAAGAGAAAAUUUUAAGUUUUUUUGUAUAUAUAAUCAUCAUAUACUAUGUUUUUGGGGUAUUUUGGUAAUAGCUAGUGAAAUAGCAUUUUGACAUAACUUUGGGCUAUUUGUUAAAAUUACUCUUUUGGCUAAGAAGUGGUUACUUGUGCUUAGGGUCAUGUGACUUUAUGGUUCAUCUUCCUUUGGUUUUGAAAAAUAAAUAAUGGUAACAUUAUCUCUUUUCA